AUGUUGAGAUCAACAAUUACCAGAAGAUUAUAUGGUACUUCUCAAAACGUAUUAAAAAAAACUCCAUUAUAUGAAGCUCAUGUUGAAUUGGGUGGUAAAAUGGUGCCAUACGCUGGUUUUGAAAUGCCAGUUUUAUAUAAUUCACAAUCUCAUAUUGAUUCACAUAACUGGGUUAGAUCUAAAGUUGGUUUAUUUGAUGUUAGUCAUAUGUUACAACAUAAAUUUUCAGGUAAAGAUUCAAUAGCAUUAUUACAAAAAAUUACCCCAAUUGAUUUAAGUUUAUUACCUAUUAAUAGUUCAAGUUUAUCAGUAUUAUUGAAUGAUCAAGGUGGAGUUAUUGAUGAUUGUAUAAUUACAAAACAUGGUGAUAAUGAUUUUUAUAUGGUUACAAAUGCUGGUUGUAGAGAAAAAGAUGUUAAUUUUAUUAAAUCCGAAGCUGAAAAUUUUAAUGAUUUAAAGCAUAAUACGUUUGAAAGUGCUUUAUUAGCUAUUCAAGGUCCAAAAUCACAACAAGUUUUACAAAAUUUUACAAAUGAAGAUUUGUCAAAAAUAUAUUUUGGUCAAACUAAAUUUUUAACAUUAUCUCCAUUAGGAGGUGCUCAAAUUCAUUUAGCUAGAAGUGGUUAUACAGGAGAAGAUGGUUUUGAAUUAUCCAUACCUUCAAGUAGUGCAGAAGAAACUAAAAAUUCAUUAAGCUUUUUUAACACUUUAAUUCACGAAUAUCCGGACUUAGUUAAACCAAUUGGUUUAGCAGCAAGAGAUUCAUUAAGAUUAGAAGCCGGUAUGUGUUUAUAUGGACAUGAAUUAGCUGAAGAUAUUACACCAAUUGAAGCGUCAUUAGCAUGGUUAAUACCAAAAACAAGAAGAAGCGAAGAUAGUAAAUUUAAUGGUUCAUCAAUAAUAUUAGAUCAAAUUAAAAAUAAAUCAACUACAAGAAGAAGAAUUGGUGUUAGUUCAAAAGGUCCAUCUCCAAGAGAAGGAAACAAAAUUUUCAAUGAAACUGGUAGCGAAGAAAUUGGUUAUAUAACUUCUGGUUCUCCAUCACCUACAUUAGGCGGAAAUGUUGCACAAGCAUACAUUGAUAAAAAGCACAAAAUUGGUUCAAAUAUUAAAAUUGAAAUUAGAGGUAAGAAAAGAGAUGGUAUAAUUCAAAAAUUACCAUUUGUACCAAGUAAAUUAUAUAAACCAUAG